AUGGGUCAUAGUACAUAUUGUGUAGUAAAUUUCAAGAAUACUAGUAAGAAUAGUACUUGCAAGUUUUACAGAUUUCCGAAAUCAGACUAUAAACAAGAGCAGAGAAAGCAGUGGAUUGCAGCUGUAAGGACAAUCAAUCCGGAUGGAUCACAGUGGUCUCCGAAACCAUCGGAUUAUAUUUGUAGUGCUCAUUUUAUUGGUAAUAAAAACUCAGAAGAGGAGUGCAGCCCUAGUUAUGUACCAUAA